UUCUCUCUGCGGACCCCACUUGUGCAUGCCAGAAUCCACUCCGCUGGAAGCGAAAGCGAGAGUGGCGAUGGGGGAGACUCGCUUUUCACCUUCUUUUUCUCUCCUUUCUCACAGAUAUGGCCGGCUCUUCCGCUAGCACACACCACUCCCAACCCCUGUUUUCUCUUCCUUUUUAUCUCGUCGUCCCCAACACACCAACACUCAUUUUGGACCGCCUGCAAAAAAGUAAGAAAAACUCCACUUCCCCCGUCUCUCUCCCUCUGCGCCUCUGUUGCAGCAGUUCACUUUACUUCUCUUAUAUCCUCCACAUGUCCCUCUCUCUCUCUCUCUCUCUAACCUCGGCCCCAUUCAAAAACCUUCUUCUUCUUCUUCUUCUUCUUCUCUCCCUCCUAUAAAUCUGUCUCUCUCUCCCUUCGUUCCUUUCCCCUCCGGACAGACAUUCUCUUUCUCGUUUUCGACCUCUGGAAAUGGAGAGGCUCUGGUACAGCAACGACGAUAAUGCAGACGACGACGAAGACGAGGCGCUAUCGCUCUCCGACCUGCCUCUCCACUCCCGAACCGGCGGCGAGUCGAGAACGGGGGAGGAGGAUCGUCCCGAAGACGACCGGGAUCAAGCCCGGUCGUGCGGGACGGAGGACCAGGAGUUCGAUUUCGGGUCGCGGGCCGCCGGGUCCGUCUCCCCCGAGUGGCGUAUGUGCGCCGCCGACGAGCUGUUCUUUCAAGGUCAGAUCCUCCCUCUCCGCCUCUCGGUGAGCUCGGACCCCUUCCGGGUCGACCCGAGAAGGUCCGUCUCGAGAUUGGACUCGAUGGAGAUCGGGUCGAUCAGCACCCGGGCCUCAAGCAUGGGCAGCAGCAGGAGCAACAGCGUCGGGAGCAGCCACUACUCGUCCUCGUCCUCGUCGCGGUCGUCGUCGAUGACCAACUCCUCGAGAGCCAGCUUCAACCGGGUCAACCCGUUUCACGCCCACCCGAGCCCGAAGCCCCAGAUCGGGCCUUCCCCCGGGAAAUUGAGGACCCGCAGCCAGAAGUCGCCGCCGUCGUCGAUGUGGGAGUUCCUCAGGCUGGGCUUGAUCCGCACGCCUGACAUCGGACUCGCCGAGUUGAAGCUCCGUACGAGCGUGGUCAAUGGCGGUGCCGACAGCCAAUGCUUGAUAAGUCGCAACAGCAGCAGCAGCAGCAGCGAUGGCAGCGUCAACAAUGGAGGUCUCGGAAACGGCGUCGACGUCAAGAUCAAGAACGUCGAGGAGAAGACGAACGACAAGAACAAGAAGAAGAACAAGAACAGAGAGAGGUUCUUGAACGGGUCGUUCCUCAGCGGGUGCAGGUGCUCGGUGGACGCGGUCUCGUCCAGCGUCUUCGCCGUGAGGAGCGGGGGUCAGGCGAGAGCGAGCAAUGUGGAAGACGACGCCGAGGUGGUCGGGAAGAUCAGGCUGAUGGCGACGACGGAGGCGAAGAGGAAGGUGUCACGUCAUCGAACGUUUGAGUGGAUAAAGGAGCUUUCGCAUGCUACAUAUCCUGUCGACUCGUGAUCGGGAUGAAAAUGCCCCCUCUCGCAUGCAUUCUUCUGCUUUAAUCAUUUGAUCUCUUUUCCUUUUUCUUGUCGUAAUGUAUCUUUUAGUCUAAGUCCAAUGACAUUUUUAAUGAAAAAAGAUGCUUAAAUCCC